AUGUUUGAGCGUCGCGCCGCAGAUCGCUACCGCCUGCGAAUGCACCGUGCCCGCACGGUAGCACUCACCUCCGACGAGAUCGUGGAAGUCCGCGCCGCCCAGCGCACCUUCGAAGGCGCCUACGUCCGCACCGCCCUCUCGCAGUUCUCCUUCGCCCUCGUCGUCCUGAAGAUCUUCACCAGCGAGUUUUACAGCACGGGCGCGUUGUUCGCCAUCUACGGCACCGGCGUGCUCAUGAUCGGCCUCUACCGCCGCCAGCAGGGCAACAAGCAGUUCUUUUCGGAGCUCGGGGAGGAUGGGAUCAACCGGCACAAGUUUCGAACCAGCGGGAAUGCGGUACUUAUCCUCACGGCCUUGAGUAUCGGGGCGUAUGCUACACUGAUCGGGCUUACAUUGAGGUUGAACUGA